AUGGGGGAGAGUCCACUGUCAAGAGUAGUGGUGCCAGAGCUGAGCAAGAAGACAGACCACCCACUGCACCAAAUCGCCGAGAGCCCCACACACAAGCUGGUCCUGAAGCAAUGGCUCAAAGAAGAAGACCUGGUCCUCCGGCGUAUCUCUAUAAAAGAACUCCAACUCACAGCCAUUCGCCGAGACAUCACAUUCCUCUACUGCUCCUUCUUCUCCCUCCACUCCUUUCUCCUCCUGCUCCUCCUCGCCGGAGACUCCUCAUCAUCCUGCAAACGCUCAUGGGUGCCUUGCAUUUGCUCACUUGCAUGCUCAGCGGCCAUUGGAUGGGCAGUGAUGUAUAAGACUGAUGUAGAGAAGCAUAAUGAGAUGCUGCUGGAGAGGGAGAAGGAAGAUGGUGUGCUGCUGAUGAAGUGUGUGAAUGAGUUGAAGAAGAAAGGACUAGAGUUUGAUCUCUUGAAGGAAGUUGAUGCAUUGAGGAGGGCUAAGAGCUUGAGAGGUGGAACUAGAGCAACUGUUGUCAAGAGAUGGUCUCAGAGAUAUCUCAGUACUGGUGCUUUGAUUGCAUUUUCUUGUGUCUUCUUUGCUUUGAUGUGGUAUUUGUUAUGCACUUGA